GUAAAUGCUACUACGGCUGCAGUGGCGCCUUUGUGGAGGGUCUCCGAUGUCUCAUAUAACAUUUGGAUGCUGAUUUUUGUUUUUGAUUUCUGCAGCUGUGCGUGUGCGUGCUGUAUAAAUAAAUAAAAAUAAUAUCUGCAAUCUUUGCCAUAAAAGUCAACCGCAAACGGGAAGAAUACAACCAUCGAAGAACUUGAAGAACAUCUCCAUCGUAUCUCUUCCAACAUGUACUAUCCGCCAGCUGAUAGUUAUACCGGUUAUCGGUUAACUCCACCCCAAAGCAAUCAUCAUCCGCACAAUAUCAACAACAGCAGCAACAACAACAACAAUAACAUUAACAACAUAAGCAACAACAACAACAUCAACAACUGCAGCAGUAGCAGUCACAACAACCACAACAACAGCAACAGAAUGGACACAGAUGAUGUUGAAUCGAACACAAGCAGUGCGAUGUCCACAUUGGGCACAUUAUUCUCAUUCCAAUCGCCGGCGGUAAAGAAACUUCUUGGCUGGAAACAAGGCGACGAGGAGGAGAAAUGGGCCGAAAAGGCUGUCGACAGUUUGGUUAAGAAGCUUAAGAAACGUAAAGGCGCCAUCGAGGAGCUGGAACGUGCCCUUUCCUGCCCCGGACAGCCAUCCAAGUGUGUGACCAUACCACGAUCAUUAGACGGAAGAUUACAGGUCUCUCAUCGCAAGGGUCUGCCACAUGUGAUCUACUGUCGUGUGUGGCGUUGGCCAGAUCUCCAAUCGCAUCACGAACUGAAACCGCUCGAAUUAUGCCAAUAUCCGUUUAGCGCCAAACAAAAGGAGGUCUGCAUUAAUCCGUAUCAUUACAAGCGUGUCGAGAGUCCCGUUUUGCCCCCGGUUCUCGUUCCACGUCACUCGGAAUUUGCGCCCGGACACUCGAUGUUGCAAUUCAAUCAGAUGGCUGAGCCGAGUAUGCCACACAAUGUGAGCUACUCGAACAGUGGCUUCAAUUCGCACAGUCUCAGCAAUAGCAACACAUCUGUGGGUAGCCCCAGUUCGGUUAACUCCAAUCCAAAUUCACCAUAUAAUAGCCUAGCGGGCACACCGCCCCCCGCCUACAGUCCAUCGGAGGAUGGUAACUCUAAUAAUCCCAAUGAUGGCACACAAAUGCUCGAUGCCCAAAUGGGAGAUGUUGCCCAGGUUAGUUAUUCGGAGCCAGCUUUUUGGGCCUCCAUUGCCUACUAUGAGCUCAAUUGUCGAGUCGGUGAGGUCUUCCACUGCAAUAACAAUUCGGUCAUUGUCGAUGGCUUUACGAAUCCAUCCAAUAACUCUGAUCGCUGCUGUCUCGGCCAGCUGAGCAAUGUGAAUCGCAACAGUACCAUAGAGAAUACACGCCGUCAUAUAGGUAAAGGCGUUCAUCUGUACUAUGUUACCGGCGAGGUAUAUGCCGAGUGUCUGUCCGAUUCCGCCAUAUUUGUCCAGUCGCGUAACUGUAACUAUCAUCACGGCUUUCAUCCGAGCACCGUAUGCAAAAUUCCGCCCGGAUGCUCGCUAAAGAUCUUCAACAAUCAGGAAUUUGCUCAACUGUUAUCGCAAUCGGUGAACAAUGGAUUUGAGGCCGUUUAUGAGCUAACGAAAAUGUGCACAAUACGCAUGUCCUUUGUGAAGGGUUGGGGUGCCGAAUACCAUCGACAGGAUGUGACCUCAACACCCUGCUGGAUCGAGAUCCACCUGCAUGGGCCGUUACAAUGGCUGGACAAGGUCCUAACACAGAUGGGAUCGCCGCAUAAUGCAAUAAGCUCCGUAUCCUAAAGACAAAUAAUAGAAAACUAUAACUAACAGAAGGAUAUAGUAAGAGAAAAAUGAUAGAAAAAAGAACUAGCACACACACAGAAAGUAAGAAGUUUUAAGAGAUACAUGGAAAGUAGAUGAUAGAUAACACACUAUGUAAAAGACGUAGAAAAAAGUAAACAGAGAAUGAGGAUAUGCGCUUAGCUGAGGAAAGGACAAAACAUAAAUGAAUAUGAACUAAAUGUGUGCGUGUAUAUGCCUUAUAUAUAGAAUAUAUAUAUAACCAGAUUUAUAUAUAUAAAAAAAAACAGCUACUCAACCCGCCUCUCGCCCAUAAACAUACUUAUAUAGUUUUUAGUUUAUCGUAUGAUUUUCAACACGAAUGUCAUUCCUUAUGCAACAACAAAUGAAAAUGAAAUUUAACGAAAAAGAGAAUAAAUAUAUUUGAUCCAUAUUUGGUUGAUCUAUUAUACACAACAAAUAUUAUAAUAAUAAUAUUAUGCCCAUUGGCAAAUGUUGUUUAAGUCUAUUUCAAGUGCUACUUAUGUGUCAUUGCGAAUUGCUUUAAAAGAUUGCGAAGAAAACAAAAAGAUUUCAAAAAAUUACUAUAUAUUAAAAUAUAUACAUAUAAUAUACAUAACUCUAUAUAUUUACCACUUAAAAUACCAUUAGAAUAUGUAGGGCAAGUUUUAAACAACUUUUAUGCAAUACAUUUCUUAAAAUGCGCAACACACACCACAAAAAAAGUUAUGUUUAACUAAUUGAUGAUCUUGUUUAACUUUAAGUACAACUUUGAAAAACAAAACAAACAAAAACAAAAAACACAAUCAAUUUAAUUUGAAUCAUAUGCUUAGUUUAGUUUUUUUAGUUUUGUUUCAUUUUCAACAUUUUUUUUUGCUGGUUUUUUGAAAAAAACACAUGAUUUUUUAUUGUUUAAUGCUAAAUUUGUGCCGAACCAUUCUUAUAAGUAGAUGUAAUAUCAUCAUUUGAAUAAACCGUUUUGCCUUAUCAGUU